AUGAGUCAUGGGGCGGGCAAGGAUUCGAAGAAGGAUUCAAACGACUUUGUUGAAAAGUUCAACGAAAUCCUACACUCAUUGUUCGAGGAAUACGGUAGGAAGCAGACGGCUGCCAAGACGUUAACGGAAAGCCAAAAGAGUAUCGCUCGCGGACUACAUGAACUUGCAACGUCUGGUGAAUUGAAAUUGGAUAGAUUGGCUGCUGAGACGACCUCUUUAUGCGAUGCGUUCAUCAAUAAUUGGGAGUCAACGGGCAUCAAGUCAGCGGCCGUACAACAGCUUAUCGCUCUGCUGAAUCGUCCUCAUGUUCGGGGUCUACUGAUAAGCGCAGAGGAUGUUGCCAGCAAUAAAUACCUUCCGAAAUUGCCAGCAAUCCCGUUCGAAGUAGAUGAGGAUGAAGGAAUCGUCGUUAAAGUUGUACGAAUUGUGAAAAGAGACGAGACCGUGGGUGUAACUAUCAAAAAUGAUCGCGGAAAAAUCUACAUUGCUCGGUUGAUAGCUGGUGGUGUGGCUGCUCGCAGCGCUUGCAUUCAGGUCAGAAUCUGUUUGAUGUUGUCUUCAAUUAUUUAA